UGUACCUAUGAAAGUUGUUGGAGAAAGAGAGGUGCCAAAGGAAGAAGUUGAAUGGAAUGAUGAAGACUUGGGGAAGAUCAUGAUCAACAACAAAGCAAUCAACAUGCUUCAAUGUGCCCUUAAUCCAAUGGAAUUCCAUAGAGUAUCCGGAUGUGAUACGGCCAAGGAGAUGUGGGACAUGUUGGAGGUAACACAUGAAGGAACAAGUCAAGUGAAAGAGUCAAAAAUCAAUAGACUCACUUACAUGUAUGAUCUUUUCAAGAUAAAACCAGAGGAGAGCAUUCAAGAUAUGUAUACAAGAUUGAAUGAUAUAGUCACCAAUCUCAAGGGUCUUGGUGAAGUUUAUCCUUUUCAAGGAGAUGUGGGACAUGUUGGAGGUUCAAGUUUUCAAGGAAAAUUGAUGACAUAUGAGAUAGAAGUUCAAGUUGAUGGUGGAGUUGAAGUAGUUGAGAAGAAGAAGAAGGAUGUUGCAUUCAAGGCUAGCAACCAAAAGGAAAAGAGUGAAGAUGAUGCUAGUGAUGGUGAAAACAUCUCCACCUUGAUCUCUAGAGAAGUGAGGAGAUUCAUGAAGAAAAACAUCAAGAGCAAGCUUGCAAAAAGAGAUGAAGGAGAGUUUACCAAAAGGAGUGUGAAAUGCUAUGAGUGCAACAAGAUGGGGCACUAUAGAAAUGAAUGUCCCAAAUUGAAGAAGGGUGAGAAGAAAGGCAAGAAGGGCAUGAAGAAGAAAGCUUUUGUUGCCACUUGGAGUGAUGAUGAGACUAGCUCAACAGAAAGUGAAAGCUCCUUAGAGAAAGGUGUUGCAAAUCUUUGCUUCAUAGCUCAAGAGGAUAGCAACCAUGAUGAGGAAGUAAACUCUAACUUCUCUAGUUCAAUUAAUGAAAGUUCAUUUGAGUAUUCUUAUGAUGAUUUAUGCAAAGUUCUUGAUUGCUCUAUGAAUGACAUUAAGACACUAGGAAAUGAGAAGAUUGCUCUUACUAAAACCAUUUCAUUGCUUAGGAAUGAAAUUGAAUCUCUCUCAAAACCAAAUGAGGUUUUAGUUAAAGAGAAUACCUUUUUAAAUGGUGAGAUUCCUUCUUUAAAGAAUGAGGAGUCUAAUAAUGCUUUGAAAAAGGAAAAUGAGGAUUUAAAGAAGGAAAAUGAAGAUUUAAAGAAGGAAAAUGAGGUUUUAAAGAGAAAAGCUUGUGAUCUUGAGAAUGUGAUUUCCAAAUUUACCUUAAGGACACUUUGCUUAUGCAUGUCCUUUGAAGAGAUUGAUAGCUCAAGAGAGGUGGCUCUUGUGAAAUGGAAGUGCAGAGAGCCGGCUUUGGAAGCUGCAGUCGGCUCUAUGGGCAAAGAUUUAAAGCCCGCUCUACAGAGAAAACAGAAUGUGCAGGAUGUCGCAAAGCCGACUGCAGAAAUGAGCAUUAAAUGACCCCCAACGGCUAGUAAUGGCUAUUUUCGACCAUGGGGUUAUAAAUAUGGUUGGUAGAAGAUCUGAAACAAGUUUAGAGAGCAUUGCAUUGAAUAUCUUUACCUAACUACAUGAACUUUAACUUGAGUUUUUGAUCUUUGAGAGAUCUUUACUUGUAAUCCUCUUCUUGUUCUAUUUGUGAGUGAUCUUGGGGGUGUGAUUAAUCCUUCAAGAGUGAUCUAUAGAGAGGAUUCUUGGGGUUUAUAUGUAAAGGGGUGAGAUUUGAGAAAAAUAUUCAUCUUCUUGUAAAAGAAUUGAGUGGCUCCUUUAAGGCACCCUUGUUUUCUUAGUGGAGAGUGUCAAGGAAAUCCUUGGUGAGUGAAGCCAGGGUAGAGGACUAGGCUCCAAGUAGUUGGACCGGACCUCUAUAAAAUCAUUGAGCAAGCUCUUCUUCUCUACUCUCUUUAAUUUUGGUGUUGUGGUUGUAAAAAAGGAGAGAAUUUUUGGAACUCCAAUUCACCCCUCCUCUUGGAAUACAUUGAGUCAUCAAGCUGCCUAUUAGAUCAGUAUCUCUUACAUCUUUUUCUUCUUACUAAUGAAUGUUGAAAAUUUUU